GUAACAUUUAGCUCAAGGGCCAAUUGUGACGUUUUGCGAAGGACCGCAAUUCCGAAAUGCCCGCCAGCGCCUCAGGCGGCUCAGCUCCCUGCACGCAGCAGCAGGCUCCAUCGCCGAGCCUCGCGAGUCCCGGGUGCUUCCGUUUUGCCCUCACUGACGGCGCGCGCCGCGACGCGGCGCGCUGGGCUGCCGCUGGGCCAGGCACCUCCAGCGCCUCCGCCGCUGACCUCCACGCUUGCAGGGCCGCAGGUUCCGCCAACACGGUCGCUAUUAGCGACUGGGGCCUUCGCCUGCUAGCGUUUGGAGGGUCCUCCGUGUUCCGGGGAGCGCCCCUGCUUGCGUCUAUUAGCCUAACGACAGCAGCAGGAGCAGGAGCGGGAGCGGGAGGUGCAGGACAGGCUGCUGCGCCGGCGCCGGUGGCGGCGGGCGCCGCAGCCGGCUCCGCCGCAGGCUGGGCAGCACGUGCCACCAGCGGGGCCACAUCCUCCCCCUCCUCUUCCUCCUCCUCCUCGACCCUCCGGUCCGCUCAGCCGCUCUUCUCGCUCGCAGACGCUACAGCCAACGGCGGCAGCAGGCGCGGGGGGCGGCAGCAGCAGCAGCUACAGCAGCCGGCGGCGGCGGCAGGCGCGGAUGCUGACCUAGACAUAGCGGGCGCAGAAGCGCUGCUUAAAGAAAUGCUGGGCCAAGGAGGAGCAAUGGGCGGCAGUAGCAGUGGCAGUAGCAGCAAAGGCAGGGAGGCGCUGCCGUCGGCUUCCAGGGCAGUGCGGUGGGCAGCGGACGCGGCGGCGGCGGAGGGCGCGGGCGGCGGCUUUAUGGACGGGGGCGAUGAAGAGGAUGACCAGGAGGCGGCGGCGGAGGCGGAGCGGGCGCUUGCGAGGGUGCAGUGCGGCUUCUGCGGCCGGAGCCUGGGCCGCCGCGGCGCGCGCUCCUCGCUGCUGUGCGACUGCUGCCACCGGCCCUUCCACGCCGACUGCUGCCGCUACCGGGGCGUGACCACUCGCCGGAGCCAGCCGCAGGCCGAGGGGCAGGGCGGCGGCGGCGGCCGCGGCGUAGAUGCGGGCAGCUGGUUCCACUCUCCGGACUGCGCCGCCGUCAGUACGCAGUGGUCAGGCCGCGCCGCCGCGGGGCCGCAGCCCGCCGCCGCCAGCCGCACCUGGCUGCUACUGCCGACGCAGCUGCGCGGCGGCAGUAGCAGCCAGGCGGAGGCGCGGGACGGGCUGCAGCAGGCGGCGGGAGUCCUGGCUGGGGAGUACGGGCCGCGUGUGGUGGAUGCCGUGCUGGACAGCGACUGGGCGGUGCUGCUGCGUGACCCGCGGGGCACCGCCGUGUCCGCCGCCACCCUGGAUGUGUACGGCAGGGAGGUGGUGGUGAUGGAUCUGGUGGCUACGGCGGAGCAGGCGCGGGGGCAGGGACACACCAGGGCGCUGCUGGACGCCGUGGCCGACUGGUUGACUGAAGCAGACAUCCGGCAGUGGGUUGUGGCACUGCCCACACCCGCAUCCGCAUCGCCACUGGCGGCGCUGGGUGGCGAUGGCGGCGCAGACGAGGACGAGGCGGCGGCGGCGCGGCGGCUGCAGAGGCAGUACUCCGCACGGGGCUUUCGGAAGCUGCCUCGCUGGCAGCAGCGGGAUUGGGCCAGGCAGCUGCCGGGCUUUCCGGAGCGGCAGGGCGGCGUGGAGGGAAGCCUGCUGAUGGUGCGGCCGCUGCCUGCAGCGAAGGGGCAGAGGAGGAGCGGGGAGAGGGAGGGAGGGGAGGAGGAGGCGGGCGGGAGGGGGCGCGGCGGUGCGGUGGUGGGGCUGGUGCGGGGCGUGGCGGGCGGCGUGGGCGGUGCGGUGCGGGGGCUGUGGGGCUACGUGACGUUGGGCGGUCGGCAGUAGGCAGUAGGCAGUGGCGGCCGUGAGGUGGACGUGUCAGUCUGGAGGCGCAGAAGGGGAGGUGGAGGGGCAGGCAGGGAUUGUGAUGUGGAGGGCGCGGUGGUGGCAGGUGGAGGUGCAGAGGCUAGUGAACCCUGGGCCAGCUCAGGAUGUCCUGCUCCUUUCCCUGUUCGGCUAUGUAAACCUACAGAGUA